AUGAUGCAGACUAUAAACAAUGUGACUGAAUUUGUUCUUCUUGGCCUCACCCAAAACGAUGAGCUGCAGAAAAUUUAUUUUGUGGUGUUUCUGUUCUUCUAUCUGAUCAAUGUGUUGGGAAACCUCCUGAUUAUUGUCACUGUCAUCUUGAGUUCCCGUUUGAACUCUCCCAUGUAUUUUUUCCUCAGCUACUUAUCUUUUGUAGAUAUCUGCUACUCUUCUGUAACAGGCCCCAAAAUGAUAGCUGACUUGCUUGCUGAGAAGAAAACAAUUUCAUUCAUUGGUUGCAUAGCCCAGCUCUUUGGGGUCCAUUUCUUUGGCUGCACAGAGAUUUUCAUCCUCACAGUGAUGGCAUAUGACCGGUAUAUUGCAAUCUGUAAACCGCUCCACUAUACCACCAUUAUGACCAAGCAGGUAUGUGGGCAGAUGGUGGCAUGCUCAUGGUUUGGAGGGCUUAUGCACUCUUUGGUGCAGACACUUGUGACCACACACCUUCAGUUUUGUGGACCCAAUGAAAUUGACCAUUAUUUCUGUGAUGUUCACCCAUUACUGCAACUGGCUUGCACAGAUACAUAUGUUGCUGGCAUCAUAGUGGUGGCCAACAGCGGGAUGAUUGCUCUGAGUUGCUUCCUCAUCUUGGUUGUGUCAUACAUUGUCAUUUUGGUCUCCUUGAGAUCUCGCUCUUCUGAAGGGCGCCGCAAGGCUCUCUCUACUUGUGCCUCCCACAUCACAGUAGUCAUUUUAUUUUUUGGUCCAUGCACCUUUACCUACAUACGUCCUUCCAGCAACUUCUCAGAAGACAAGUCAGUGGCUCUGUUUUAUACAGUCAUCACUCCCAUGUUAAACCCAUUGAUCUAUACAUUAAGAAAUGCGGAGAUGAAGAAUGCCAUGAAAAAAUUGUGGCACAGGAAAGUGUCCUCGAGUGAGAAGACAAAAAUGUGAACACAA